CGUCUGAUGUAUAUCAGGUCAUUCAUUGACUACCUAUACAGUCGAUUGAGGUACUGCAGGUGCUGUAUAUUUAAACGAUCGCCUCAAUUCUACGCUCGUCCACCAAGGUUCAUACUGAUAAUUCAGAAUGUCUGCUAAGGCAAUACGGGAAGCCACUGGUAAGGGAUUGCUAAAUAAGUAUUUAGGAUAUGAAGAUGCCGCUACUACUAAAUUUGCUGUAUUGACAGAGGACACUGACUGGAAUCAGUUAACUCAAGAACAUCCAUGGUUAUUAACGGAGAAAUUGGUAGUUAAACCUGAUCAGUUGAUUAAAAGGCGAGGUAAGCUAGGUUUGAUUGAAGUCAACACUGAUCUGAAUGGUGUGAAGGAAUGGGUGUCUACCAGACUUGGAAGCGAAAUUCAGAUUGGAGCAGCGUCUGGUUUAUUGAAGACGUUUAUCAUUGAGCCGUUCGUAGCUCACAAACCAGAGGAUGAAAUGUAUGUGUGUAUUUAUUCGUCACGUAAUUCGGACACCAUUCUGUUCUACCAUGAAGGCGGCGUGGAUAUUGGCGAUGUAGAUACAAAGGCUGUGAAGUUUGAAGUACAAGUCGACUUUGACAUGGUUGUGACUGCAGAUGAAGUCAAACAAAAAUUACUAAUGAAAGUACCAAAAGAGAAGCAAGAUAUGGUUGCUGGGUUCAUUGUUGCAUUGUAUAAGCAAUAUACAGCUUUGUAUUUCACCUAUCUCGAAAUCAAUCCAUUAGUGGUCACCGAUAAGAUCUAUGUGCUGGACUUGGCGGCUAAACUGGACCAAACUGCAGAGUUCAUUUGUAAGGUCAAAUGGGGAGACAUCACAUUCCCACCACCAUUUGGAAGAGAAGCAUUUCCAGAGGAAGCGUACAUUGCUGAUCUAGAUGCCAAAAGUGGCGCAUCUUUAAAAUUGACGAUACUUAACCCUAAUGGUCGUAUAUGGACCAUGGUGGCUGGAGGUGGUGCUUCUGUAAUUUAUAGUGACACAAUUUGUGACUUGGGUGGUGCUAGUGAACUGGCAAAUUAUGGAGAAUAUUCUGGCGCUCCCAGUGAACAACAGACUUAUGAGUACGCCAAAACAGUACUUGGACUGAUGACCAGACGGCCGCAUCCAUCAGGAGAAAAGAUCCUAAUUAUCGGUGGUGGUAUUGCAAACUUUACUAAUGUAGCGGCCACAUUCAAGGGUAUUGUGAGGGCGCUCAAGGAAUAUCAACAAAAACUGAAAGAUGUCAAUGCAUCUGUGUAUGUGAGAAGAGGAGGACCUAACUACCAGGAAGGCCUCAGAGUUAUGAGAGAGUUAGGUCAGAAUCUAGGUGUGCCGAUGCAUGUAUUCGGUACUGAGACGCACAUGACUUUCAUCUGCAGUAUGGCAUUGGGUAAACGAGAUGUUCCGGAACUACCGCCCACAGACUAUGUCACUGCCAACUUUUUAUUAGGAGGGCCAAGUGAUAUCAAAAAGGAGUCGUCAAAGGUAACUCCAUCACACAGUAGGACAUCAUCUCUGACUGCAGCAAGUGAAGAAUCCAAAUCACCCACGCAAACAGCGACAGCGGCAGCAGCAGCUGGUGGCGAUGGUGAGAAGCCUCUUUUUUCAAAACAUACAAAGGCUAUGGUUUGGGGAAUGCAACCGCGUGCUGUACAAGGGAUGUUGGAUUUCGACUAUGUAUGUCAAAGGUCAAAACCCUCGGUUGUUUGCAUGGUUUACCCAUUCAGCGGUGAUCAUAAACAAAAGUUUUACUGGGGCCACAAGGAGAUACUUAUUCCCCUGUACAAGAGUAUGGCAAAUGCCAUCAAGAACCACCCAGGAGUUGACACUAUGAUAAACUUUGCCUCGUUAAGAUCUGCGUACGAGAGUACGGUAGAAGCGAUGCAAUUUCCACAGAUUCGAUCAAUUACCAAUAUUGCCGAAGGAAUCCCAGAAAACAAAACCAGAUUAUUGAAUAAGAUAGCAAAAGAGAAGAAUGUGAGCAUUAUUGGACCUGCCACUGUUGGUGGAAUCAAACCAGGAUGCUUCAAGAUAGGUAACACUGGUGGUAUGCUUGAUAAUAUUCUGUCUUCUAAACUAUACCGCCCCGGCAGUGUCGCGUACGUGUCCAGAUCAGGCGGAAUGUCUAAUGAAUUGAAUAACAUUAUAUCUAGAAAUACCAAUGGUGUGUAUGAAGGUGUUGCUAUUGGAGGUGAUAGAUAUCCAGGGACAGUUUUCAUUGACCAUGUGCUGCGUUACCAAGACGACCAUAACAUCAAAAUGAUUGUUUUACUCGGAGAAGUGGGUGGUGUUGAAGAAUAUGAAAUCUGUUCUCAAAUUGAGAAUGGGCGAAUCACAAAACCAAUUGUUGCAUGGUGCAUCGGAACAUGUGCUACUAUGUUUACAUCAGAGGUUCAGUUUGGCCAUGCUGGUGCAUGUGCCCAAGCCGAAGCUGAAACUGCCCGGGCUAAGAAUAAAGCACUGGCUGUAGCAGGUGCUUAUGUACCAAAUAGCUUUGAUGACAUCGGUGAUAAAAUAAAGGAAGUAUAUGAACAACUUGUUAUGAAAGGUGUUAUUAUACCGGAGGAAGAAGUUCCACCUCCCACAGUGCCGAUGGAUUAUGCAUGGGCAAGGGAACUUGGUUUGAUUCGCAAGCCUGCUUCUUUCAUGACUAGUAUCUGUGAUGAGAGAGGUCAAGAACUGGUUUAUGCUGGUAUGCCUAUCACUGAAGUGUUCAAAGAAGAAAUGGGACUUGGAGGUGUUCUUAGUUUACUGUGGUUUCAGAGAAGAUUACCUGCAUAUGCAACAAAAUUCAUAGAAAUGUGUCUGAUGAUAACAGCUGAUCACGGGCCAGCAGUGUCUGGUGCACAUAAUACCAUAGUUACAUCUAGAGCUGGCAAGGAUCUCAUCUCUUCUCUCUGCUCUGGGUUAUUAACCAUUGGUGACCGUUUUGGUGGUGCAUUAGAUGCAGCAGCUCGGCAGUUCAGUGAAGCGCAUGAUGCUGGUUUAAUCCCGAUGGAAUUUGUAAAUAAAAUGCGAAAAGAACAUCGUCUGAUUAUGGGAAUUGGGCAUAGAGUUAAAUCAAUCAACAAUCCAGAUAUGCGUGUAGUGAUAUUGAAAGAGUAUGCUAAGGCCAAUUUCCCAGCUACGCCAUUAUUAGACUACGCGAUGGAUGUUGAGAAAGUCACAACCGCUAAGAAACCCAACCUGAUUCUGAAUGUUGAUGGAUUUAUUGGUGUUGCAUUUGUUGAUCUACUUCGGAAUUGCGGAUGUUUUACAAAUGAAGAAGCCGCUGAACUGAUUGAAAUUGGGGCCCUGAAUGGCCUUUUUGUUCUUGGUCGCAGCAUGGGAUUCAUUGGACAUUUCUUGGACCAGAAGCGUCUUAAACAAGGUCUUUAUCGACACCCAUGGGACGAUAUAUCAUACAUUCUUCCAGAGUCGAUGUAAUCUAGAGGAAAUGUUCCUGGAGUUCUACUUCAUAUAUUACCAUGAAGUUUUUAUGUUUCCUGCAUUGGUUACUAUGGUUACUACUGAUUGGACAAAAAAAGAGUCUCUUUCUGGCCCUUGGCUAUAUUUGUACUAGAACCGUAUUUUUUCACUGGCUUUAUGUAAUAUACUUUUAGAAAAUACUUUAAGUCUUGAUGGGCAAAUGAUUUGUAAAUAUUUAAAUAUAUGUAAUUUUUCAUUUGGUCAUUUGGUGCAAACAAAUGCAUGAUAACAAGAGAGUGGUGUAUUUCAGCAGUACAAUGCAUGUUUUAAUCUCAUUUUCAUACACCUUUGCCG